AUGGCUUUUCAAUUGAAAGUUCUUAAAAGCACCUCCAAUCAACUUUUGAAUAGAAAAGAGCUUCAGCUUGAGAUAACCCACACUAAUCAGUCCUCUCCAGACAAGAAGUCUGUCACGGAGGAGCUUAGUUCAAAUUAUUCCAUCCCAGCUGAGCAGAUUUAUGUAUAUGGCAUGAGAACCAAGCCUGGGCUGCACAAAACAAUUGCCAGUGCAAACAUGUACAGUGCCUUUGAGGACCUAAAGAAGAUUGAGAGGUCUUUUGUUGUCGCUAGAAUCACAGGGGAGAAACUUUCCAAGAUUCCAAGGAGACAGAAAAAGGAUGCCAGGAUUAAGAAGUAUAAGAGAUUUGGAACUCUCAAGAGAAAUAUGAAGAGAGCAUCCAGGAGAAGACAGGAUUAA